GGCUUAAAUAUAUAAAAAUUGUAAAAUGUAAUGUUUAGCAUUUUUUCCACACUGCUAUGGCUUUUGGCUUUUAUUUUGAAGUUUUACUCAUUACGAUCACCUAGACUAGUGACGUGAUAACAACAAAAACGAAAUUGUAACAAGCAACAUGCUUUGCAUUCGGUUUGGGACCCCUUUGACAACGAAUAUUCAGUACCAGGAAAUGCUUUGAUUGUUGUCCUCAAGUUUUGUACGAAUUUAAAAGACACCGAUGAUCUCAGUCUAACUUCACCAUGAUGUCAGGCUUAUCAAUUUUGUCAUUGGUGAUAUUUAUUGUGUCUCAUGGAUACUAUGUCGGAGCAAGUGUCAGUUCUAGUCCUGAGGCGGAUUUUCAUUCCGUAAUUCUGAAUGUGGACCUCUCUGGAGUAUUCAAGAGAGUGAACGAACGUUUUUUGUCUGUGGCCAUAGAUGCGAGUAUAGUUGCUGAAGAGAAGUUCAUUUACCUUUUAACGUCUCCGAAGCUGAGGACGUUGGCAAGAGCUUUGACCCCGGCAUUUCUAAGAUUUGGAGGGACAACACAAGAUUUCAUGAUCUUCAACCCUGCAUUUCAGCUUUUCAAUACGCACCACACAAACUCUGUUUUUGAACCAGGUGAAUGUGUCAGAAAUGGGGAUAUAUGUGAAAGGCUGGAGCUUCCUCCACUACUAGAGGAGAGGCUGAAGCAGGAAUGGACUCUACAGAAAGUGCAUCUUCAGAACGAGGACUUGCAGAAGAAGUACAGGAGCAUAACAUUCACAGAGUAUACAGUGGAUCUGCUCUACUCCUUUACAAACUGCUCAGGAUUAGACCUAAUUUUUGGCCUCAAUGAGCUGCUCAGGACUGCUGGCAACACCUGGGACAGCAGCAACGCCAGGGCUCUUCUACAGUACUGUGAAUCCAAACAGUACAGCAUGUCUUGGGAACUGGGCAAUGAGCCAAACAGCUAUGAGAAGAAAGCAGGAAUCCGGGUGGACGGACACCAGCUUGGCCUGGAUUUCGUUGAACUCCGAACAAUUCUGCAGGAAUCAAAACUUUACCAUAACACUGGACUCUAUGGACCAGACAUUAGCCAGCCCCGAGCCCACAGGAGAGACUUAUUGGAGGGGUUCCUGGAGAGUGGGGCAGAAGUAAUUGAUGCCUGCACUUGGCACCAUUAUUACGUAAAUGGAAGAGACACAUCACUAGAAGAUUUCCUAGACCCUGAGGUGCUCAACACAUUGGCUCUGAAAACACAAGAAGUAAUGGAGACCGUUGAGCGGUUGUCCCCUGGGAAAAAGGUGUGGCUUGGAGAGACUAGUUCUGCCUUUGGAGGCGGGGCUCAAGGCCUGUCUGACACGUUUGUUGCUGGAUUUAUGUGGCUGGAUAAACUGGGCCUGGGUGCGAAUCUUGGAUUGGAUGUUGUCAUCAGGCAGGUUCUGAUUGGAUCUGGGACCUACCAGCUAGUAGAUGAUAACCUGGAUCCACUUCCUGAUUACUGGCUGUCACUUUUAUACAAGGGGCUUGUUGGACCUGAAGUGCUUCUUAUAAAAGCCUCAUCCAGAAAGACAAAAAGAGUACGGGUCUACCUGCACUGUACAAACAAGAAAAGCGCCAGCUACAGAAGGGGAGCAGUCACAUUGUUCGCCCUGAAUAUGAGUAAGAGUCCUGCGAUGAUCACUCUGCCUGCUGCCCUCUCUAACAGCACUGCGGAGGCUUUCGUUCUACAGUCUGAUCAACCCGGCAAGGAGGGCCUCUUCUCCAAAUCUGUGAAACUAAAUGGAGAUGUGCUGAAGAUGGUGGAUGAUAGAACUCUUCCAUCGCUCCAGGGAGCUCCUCUUCCUGCAGGAGAACAUCUCAGACUCCCUGGUUAUUCCUUUGCCUUCUAUGUCCUCAGUGAGGCCCAGGCACUGGCUUGCCAAUGAACACAACUGGAGAGGAGAAUUUCAGAAGAUGUCUAGAUAAAUUCAGAUAAAUAAUAAUUGACUAUUGGACCAAACACUGCUGUAUGUUUUUCCCAAAGACUGUAAACCAGGUGAAUGUGAAGAAGGCAUUUAGUAGUUUAUUUUUUUAUUUCAUAUUACAUUUUUAACAUAUCCAAAGACUCUGAAGACAAGACUGUCUUGAAUGAAAUUGCUUUUCAGGAAACCCAUCAAUACGUGCAUAUAAAAUGUUUUCUUUUUAAAGCCAAAACAUUAUUUACACUCAGGAAACUUGAAUUUCUUCUGUCAUUUCAAGUCAACUUUAUAGUUUCAUUGUGUAAUUGUCUAUUUUGCCACACUGGGAUGUGACUUCAUUAUGUGUGAAUACAUUUGUACAAAAUC